AUUUCCAUGCAGGACUUGAAAGGUUUUACUGCUUUUCAAAAUACGUGUAAUCGUCUAUUUACUAACAAAGAAAAAUUUUAUCAGUAUACAAGUUACUAAGUUUAAAUGUAUAUUUUUGUAAUAAUAAGCAGUUACAUUGCACCUUCUAUCCAAAGAUCUGAAACUUUAUGAGCAUUAAUAAAUGAAAUCUCUCAGCAGCCUUGCCUUGAGGCAGUUAUCUGAUUGUAUCUCCAUCGCUGCCCUGGGGCCAUGUGUCUGGGCUGGGAGCAGUAAUGCUACAUUUCAUUGAUUUCUUGUUCAUCUGAUGCCUUCCAGUGGCUUUCCAGCCCUCGGUAUAAGCCAGCUGUCAGGAAAGGUGCUGCUUUUUCAUGCUUCAGGUGCUUCACUGCUCUGUAGGUGUGGGGGUUACUCAGUGCAGUAAUGCCACAGUCUUCACUUUGUUCCUUUGAAACUCAGGAGCAUAAAGGCUUUGAGCCUCCUCUCCCUGUGGAGACCACCCCACUUCUCUUCUUGGGUUUCACCUUGGGUUUCCGUCCCGGAUUUACUUGUAAUGGACUCUGACAAUUUGAGGAUUAAAACUAAAUGGCCUUUAACAAGCAAACAAAGGCUGUCUCUGACUAAACAGUGAGAUGAUCCAGUGUGAAAACAUUAGUAUUAACCAAGGAGUUACCGCUCCCUCUGCAUUCAACCUAACGCUACUUCUGAGGGGGAGACCCUAGGGGCCCCGGAGGCCUCCCCUUGUUUGCUGAGCACCUCAAGUUAAUUGGGAAAAAACCUGCAGGAAUUCCUGCCAGCGGUGUCCAGGUGUUACUCUGAUGUGACAGAGGCAGGAGAAUCAGCCCUAUGGGGUGGGGGAAGAUGCAGCCAAGGCAUUGGGGGACUGUGGGGUGUAAGUGGGGUUCUAGGGAGCCGCCUCCUUAUUUAGUAUAAAUGGAGCCAUUUCUGCUGUGAUCCUGCGUGGGGAAACUCCGUGUCUGCUCCAGACACCGGUGAAAUCAGUGGGCAGCGGGAGGAUUUGCUGUAUUUCCCCUUUCUCUUCAAUCCAGUCCUCCUUUGGUCAUGGGGAUGCUGCAAAUCAGGGUUGUCUCCCCAGAGCACCUAUAGGGUGCCGAGCGCCCUCCAAUCCCCUUGGACCUGAGCCUAACGUUGGGGGCCAUCAGCCCUUUGCAGAAUCUGACCCAAGAUGCCUCGUCUUCAGGUGCACUGGCAUUGGGAGAGCGUCUUCAGCCGCUAGGAAAUGGUGCAGGAGGGUGAGGGUGUGUAGUGUGAAGUGCAGUAAGUGGGGGAAGCUGAACCCGAAGAAGAGAUGAAGGAGGCGGCGCAGGUGUAUAGGGGCAGCUGGCCUGGGCUAAAAUUUGGCUCUUGCUCUAAACUCCGAAUAAGGAUUUAAGAAGCGCUGGGGCCAGUCCUGCAAUGCGCCGAGCACCUUCUCUGACUUCAGUGGGAGACACGGGUCUUCAGCGCCUCAGGAUUGGGUCGAUCUUCUCUUUUCUGUGCAGAAUCAAAGGCGAGCGGGAGGGAUUUCUGGGACAAGGGAUAUUCGCAUCUUCUCGGCAGCGAUUCUGUUGGGAUAAAAUGAUGGCAGGGUUCACGCUGCUUGUCUAGAAAGGAGAAGAAACCCGAGGGGAUGGCAGUAGCGGACAAGUGAGCAAAAGAAAAGGGCCAUGUUCGUCAGUUGUAAUUGUGCAUACCAAUCUGAAUAAGAAAAGGGCCCCUCUCCAUUUUCUCUGUUUGAAUCUUUACUGUACCCCAGCAAGGGAGCCUCCCUCGCCGCCUGCUCUAGGGAUGCAUUUAAGUGUAAUCUGGUGAUUUUGGCAGGCGUGUUUUAUAUUGUUCAUUUUCUGUAACGUUCUUCAUUCCUAUUUCCCUCCUUAUUUUCACUAAACCUGGGGAUCCUUUAUGCGGAGUAAACAAUUUAUUCUUUUCUGAAAAUGCACUCCGAAACGUACCUAUUGGUUUAGCUUUACCAACUGCGGUUGGCGAUCGAACGGAGGGAAGCAUAUGUUUGAAACAUAAACCUUUAAAAAACACACACAGCAUAACUCUGCAUCCUUGAAAUCGAUGCUUCUGCCGUUUGGCUGGCUGGCUGAAAGUUUGUCUGCAGUUUAUCCGAGAAGUUCCCACAAACUUCUUCUCAGUGCAGUUGCACCUAGAAAUAGAUCAAUCCCUUAAAACCACUUCGAUUAAAGCUGGUUUUUGCAGCAAUGUUGUUUAGGGGGAUGAACCAGCCACGAACCAAACAAACAAGCAAACGCCCCCCGCAAUUAAAUAACGUGAACAUCGGCUCGAGCUAUUUUCUCUUGUAUACGCGGCAGACUUUGGAGCUGAUCCGCGACGUGCCUAAACCUGCAUUAUAUAAUAACUUGGCUGGGACUCCCAAAAGAAACUCCCUAAAGCCUGAUUCUUUCCAUCCCCCACCAGUCAGAGGUGCUGGGGCAAGGGCCAGCAGUGAAUGGCUACGCAGGAGGUUACUGCUGGUUUGUCACUCGGUUUGCAGAUUAGAGAGGUGAAAGUACUGUUCGUUUAGCACGGAAGCUGCUUGUUACUUCUGAGCAAGAUCAGGCCAGUGGUUCAAGAGUAGGGAAUGGCCCUUUAAAACAAUAAUAAUUUCAUGAAAUCCACGUUUCGGUUCCAAGCCCAUAGUUGUGAAGAUGACCCCUUUGCUGAAAUGUAGCCUCUUCCAAGGAGUGAAAAGGGGAGUAGUAGUCUUUAGGAUAGGCACCACACUGCGUGCUCUGCAGAAGCUUCUCCAAUUUCUUAUUCUCCUUUCUGCUGCACCCGGCUGUGAGGUGUCAUUUACCAAAUCAUAGAGAACCAUCAGAAAAAUAUUGAUCAUCCAGGGCAAAAGCCCUGGGGAGGGGAAAGGAAAGACCAAAAAACGGACUAGUCCUCAAAUGAUCCCUUGUCUUGCUCUCUCCUACUCGUCCUCCAAUAUGCCCGCUCUAAGGCGGGUUUUAUAGAGUGGUUUCUUUUGGGUUUCAAACACUUGACCUUAGGGUAGAGACUUUUGUGGUAAGUGAUUAAUUAGAUUAAUUAUAAAAACGCUUCCAGAACGUUUGGGUUUCGGAUCCAUUCCGGAAUUCCCGGUCUAUGCUAUGUCCCGUCCCCCCCGGCCACUGGUACAAUGACUGAAAAGGGAAAAUAUUUAUUUGCUCUAAGCCGGUCCUGCUUUGCCCACAAAAAUGUGUCGAACCAUUAUACAUACACAGUUCUUGCCCGCUUCUCAGCAAGUGGCCAAGGCACGCUAAAUCAGUUUGUUUGCAGAUGUUCAGGCAAACAAAACUUCAGGAAAUUAGCUCAUAAAAUUUUCCCAGCCCUGCAAUCUUCCUUAGAAAGGGGGACAGUGUGAAAAGCUGGCCCUGCCCCUCCUCCUUUUUCUUCCCUCCCGCUUUCUUGCCUCAUGUGUAAUUGGACGGAGUUUCUUUCUCCAGACGGAACUAAAAGGUUGAAUCGGGAGUGUUUGUGACAUGAACAAAAGUCAAUAGCACUGGGUCUGGGGGACAGUAGGACUGCAGGGGCUGGGAGAAAGGCUGUGGAGAGCUUGGCCGACCUCCCUUCCUGGUCUCCAAGGCCCUGUCAUUUUCCAGGUAAGAUGAAUGUCCUCCCAUCAAUCAUCCCGCGCAGCCCCAGGGAAAGCCGGGAAUUUGCUGGGCUACUGAAACUUAUUAGCCUCAGACUGGGCGGCUUUGUUGCCCUGACAGAGCUGCUCUUUUGUGGGCUUUGUUCCGGGGAUUUAUACAUUUACAUAAUGGAUUAGCGGGUAACAAGCCGCAGAGGCAUGGCUCGCCACGUUUCCUCCGCUCUCUUAGCCGACCGAUUUUAGCACAAGUUAAUUUGUAAAUAUGAGUUCCACUCCCCUCCUCGCUUCGCUACCUGUUGUCUUCCCAGAUAAGCGGGCACUUAUCGAUCGAUGUACAUGCAAAUAGUUUUGUAAAGGAAUCAAGUGCACGAUCACUUGUCAUUGUCACUACAAUUUCCUCUCCUUGUGCACUGCGCUGUGUAAUAAACAUUUAUUGUGCCAGCUAAUCCUUUGAACUUUGAGGAACUCAGUGCGAGUGGAAAGAGCUUUGUUUAGGAGGAGGAAACAAAUUGGCAUUGUCGUUCGUCACGAAGUAUGACAAACAGGGGGAACUGUAAUUUGUAAUUUAGUGUGCUUCUAUCCCGGCCAGUUAAUCCUUUAGCGAAUACAUCUAUCAGGGGACAUUUUAACUCCAAGAAGAAGAACAGGAGUACUUGUGGCACCUUAGAGACUAACAAAUUUAUUAGAGCAUAAGCUUUCGUGGACUACAGCCCACUUCUUCGGAUGGAUAACUCCAAGGAGGCUGUAGCCACUCACAGCAUCAAAAAUGAGUGCUAGUGUUUGAGGUCAGAUAUCUUGCUCACGUGCAUAUUUAUAACUACAUAUAGUCCAAGCAGACAACUGCCCGUAGGAGCUCUUAGGCAUUGUAAUGUUGAAUGCGGUGUUUGCUACAAUGACGAACGGAUGAUCCUGGUAUAGAAUAGAAUCCGGUACAUUAAAAUGCAUUCGAUAGCUGAUGCUCGUUUUAAAGCGAUUAAAAGGAAUUGCAAAGAAAACAGAACACACGAAUGCAAGUGGUAGUUGGAGAGAUCCAAAUGCAACGGGAGAAAUCCUCGGGAAGUCUUACUGGCCUUUCUAUUCUACAGGCCCAACUAGAUGAUAAUGUUCUAUUUUAAUGCCGUGAAAACUUGAAAAAAAAUUGAACGCGGGAGAAAACGCAACUUUUUAUCUUGGAAGCAGUUUGCGUUACUUUGAAGUCCCCACUUACAGGCUGUAGCUGUACACAGUUUACACCCAUAACGAAAUCAAUGGCACUUGUGUCAUUCAUAACUUCCCUCAACGGCCAUUCAGUUUAUUCCAUCGUUUCCCUCUCUCAGCUUUGGUCACUGGGCAAGAAAAACCUGGGAGCGGAGUGGUAAAUUGGUGCAAACGGACAAAAUGUUCGCUUGCCCAGUUCCCUAGCCCCUUUCAUCUCGAACAUGCAAUAGAGAAGCCAGUAGCUGCUCUGGGGAGGAUCUCUACCUCCCAGAGGCUUUAACAGAGCAGCAGCAUCAGGGCUGGCACAGGAGACUUUUUGUAGGCGCUGCUUCUGAAUAAAGGUUUAUUUCACUGCCGUUUGGAAGCCGCCCACUUCCCUCUCAACCAAUCAGGGUUGUGCUUGCUUGUGGCCCCGCCACUCCCGCCCGCCAGGAUAAAAAGGAAGGAUGCAGGGGUGGGUGGCAGCAUCCCGCAGCAGGAGGAAGGCCAGGAAAAGCCCCCAGGUCCGCAGCAUGAAGAACCCCAUGUACGAAGUGGCCUCCCUGCUGCUGGAGAAGCUGCUCCUCCUGGCCAACCUCAAGCUGUGCAGCGUGGGCCCCGGCGCGGCGAAGGAAGAGGAGAAACACGCCAACUACUACGACACCACCUACUUCAAGCGGGGCGACCUGCUGGAGGUGCACCGCACCCUCUUCGUCCACUUCGGCAUCUACCUCGGGGACAACCGGGUGGCGCACCUGAUGCCGGACAUCCUGCCCGCCUUCACCGACGACCAGCGGCAGAUCCAGCAGGUGGUGACCAACAAGAGGCUCAUCCUGGGCGUCCUGGCCAGAAUGGCCAGCAUCCGAGUGGACGUGGUGGAGGACUUUGCCUACGGCGGCUCCAUCCUGGUGAACCACAUGGACGAGGCCUUCCCGAACAAGGCGCUGUGCGACGAGGAGGUGGCCCGCCGGGCGGAGAAGCUGGUGGGGGCCACGGCGUACAGCCUGCUGUGGAACAACUGCGAGCACUUCGUCACCUACUGCAGAUACGGCUCCGCGGUCAGCUUCCAGACCGACAAGUUCUGUGAAACAGUGAAGAUGAUUAUUCGGGACCAGAGAAGUGUUCUUGCUUCAGCGCUCCUGGGAUUAGCAUCUAUAGUCUGUCUGGGUUUGGCACCUUCCACCACCCUGCCCACUAUCAUUAUUCCAUUCUUUCUGUGGAUGGCUGGUUAACAGCAGCAGCAGCGCCUGUCAGUGCCUGUACAUAGAAUGUAUAAUAUUGUAUUUAUAAAAGCACACAUUACUUAUCAACAGUUGUGUAAAGAGAAAAAAUGUGACCUGUAACUUGUGUAGUAUUUUAAUCACAUCUUUAUCCAGAACACAAUGUACAAGGAGUAGCUUACUGUGUAAGCCAAAUAACCAGAUUUCCUGAAAAUCUCACAGAAGGUAAAUUUUAACACACCUUCCAAGCCAUGAAAGAGUGUGUGUGUGUGUGUGUGUGUGGGGGGGGUGAUAUAGUCCUGCUCCCUGCUUUCAGUCAUAAGUUAAUCUAGUGAAUGUAUUUUAUCCGGUAUUUUUCUCUCUUAACUCUGUGUAUCCAAGUGCCAUAUAAAAUAGUGAAGAUUAGAGUUUCAUCCUGAAAGUGGAUGAUAGAGGCCAUCUAAGUACCUAGGUAGAAAUGAUGGAAGAUGAAAACAAGCUAAUUUCACUUCCAUAUAUAUGUAUUUUUCAUUCAAGGAAGUUAUUAUUUCUAAAUCCACUUGUAUUAAGCCUAGAAAUAUCUUUUAAUGGGGAAUAAAAGCAGCCUCAGGAUUGUAUUCUGCGUUGGUAAAAACUCCUAGUUAAAUAUUGUUUCCUGUACUACUGUGUGGCCAGAUCGGUACUGCCCAUUCAGUUCCUUUCUGAGAGGUGUUCACAAAUCAUAUAUCCAUUUUAAUUGCACAAACACUUUAUACCAUCCUGAACAGUUUUUUGCCUGGGUUUGGUUGCAAGGAAAGCCUGCAGUUCCUCAGAAUUUUCCUUGCUAAUAAGUGUCAGUGCAGCCAAUAUAAUUCAAUACAGGGGGUUUCAGAAGAUAUGGAACAAAGCAAUUUGGUUGGUGAAAACUAGUAACAUGCAAACCAAUAAGAAUUUUCCUAUGUUCCAGGGGAGAAGGAAAGAGGCCUUUUUUCUCUUUUCUCUUCCCUCAGUAAUGGGACCAGUGUGGGUGCCAUAAAGUAUCAUGAGACUCUGUGGCAGAUAUUACAAUCAAGCUACUGUAAUUUAACAACUAAACAUACCACAUACCCCUUAAAAAUUAUAUGUCUUUCAUAUACUGAAUGUGUGAAUAUUUACCUACAAGCCAGCAACUUUUUGAAGAGCAUGUGAUAUAUGGUUCAAGGGCUUUUUGGAAAAUAUUACUAUUCUUAACUCAGGCUGAUACUUCUUUAAUCUCAGACCUCUAAGGAUUCUUUCCUUCAAAAUCCAAACCUAUCUAUUCACUCAUUUUGAGUGACUAUUCUAUUUUUAUUAUUAUUUAUCUACAAUGUUUAUUGCUGUUUGUAAACAUGCCUUUUCUGUGUACUUAGGCAUUUAAGCAUUAUUCUGCCUCUCCUUUUAAAUCUAAAGCAUGCAUAAUCUCCAAACCUUGGCUCUCUUCACAGUGAAAGCUCAAUAUACGACAGUCAAUUAAGGACAAUAUUAAAUAACAAAAAAUGCCUCCUUUACUACCAUUUCUACAAUAAGAUUUGCUUUAUCUUUAUUUAAGAAACAAAAAAACCCCAACUGUUUGAAGUGUGGUAUCUUGAAUUAAGUGUCUGUUCUGUUGCUAAUAGCAAUGUCUCGUUUUGGCUACUCAGCUACAACUGACUGAAAAUGUAAAGACCAAAGAUGAAAUCCUAAUCUUAUUGAAGUCAAUUUCAAAACUCUCACUUAUUUCAAUUGAGAUAGGAUUUCACCCCAGAAUUCAAUACUAAUACAGAAUUGUAUUUAAAAUAAAUUAUAUGUUCAGCUUGCAGUCAUGCUCCAAAGCACCUUGAUUUAAACUACCACUAAAUUGUUAUAAACAACUUACAUUCUUUUUAAGAGAGUCCUAAGGUGCCAACCUACAGCAAAUUUUUAAAUUAAUGUGAAAUGCUAUUCCAUCAAGUAUGUAUCAUAACUUCUAAACAAAUUCUAUUGUAUAUUUUAUUUACUGUACAUAAGGUCAGCACUGCAUAAUUAUAUAAAUAUAAUUCAUUUGUAUAUGUUUACUUGUGUUCUGAAAUCGAUGAGCAUAAUGGAAUAGCACUUCCCUAACAAUGUUUAUCCCAAUAGGAUACUGAGCAAUCCAUUGAGACAUAUAUGGUAUCUAAUUACAUUAUAUGUCCGUUCCUCCCUUUUACUUGGGAUUUGUAAGAAUUCCGGUAAUUCUCAUGAGUCAGUUACAGAAUAAACAAUGGGUCCAUGACCAAUAAGCUAAUCAUUGUUAGGCUUGUUAUGAGGUGAGUGUACUCACAGUAGCUGUAAUAUCAAAGGACUGAUGUUGCCUCUUCGCUAAUGGGGAUGGGACAACCAGGGAUAUUUGGGGCAAGAAGACAGGACAGGCAAGAUGUGAUUUGUCUGAAAACUUUAUUAAAUGAUACAAGGCACCUGGAACAGACACUGGGUUAUUGUUCAGUCAGAUCUAGUAAGUGAAAAUUGCUCAAUAAAGUAUCUUUAAGGAAUACUUAAGACAUGCUUAGACUAAGCCUUUUAAACCUGUGAUACACUUGCUGUAUUUUUUUGUCAGAGCUGAUUCACAGGAGGACUUCAGUUAUGCACUUAGGAGUUUUCAUACAGUCCCCAAUUCAGCAAAGUCCUAUUAAAUUAAGAAUAUGCUAAUUUGCUUUGCUAAAUUGGGGCCAUAGACUGAGCAGAUCUAACACCGGUGUGAAUUCUCUUGUUCAUCCCCUUGGAUUGUUUGCUCUGAAGUCUCAAACUUUAAAUUUCAACACCAACUAUUUUUCUAAUGACUAUUUUUGCUAAUAUAAUAAUCUAUUUAGGGAUUAUGAAUAGAGUUUGCCUUUCAGGCCUAGGCUCAAAUAUGAAUUUUAAAGGACAAAACACAGGGCAGUAUCGUCAUUGAGAUUUUGCAUGUGUUGUAAGUGCAGGAUUGGCACAAUAUAUUGGUAACUAUGAACGGUGGAGGAUGGAGUAGAUAGGGAGUGGAAAUACAGAAGUUGCAUUUCAUUUUAGUUGGUCCUUUGUAUGAUUGCUUUUGAGGGUGGUGGAUCUUCUUUAAGAAUGUUAAUGUGCAAUGCGGGGACCGAAAAGGACAUGAGUCUUGUGUUGCUGGGACCUGUUAGUAGUAAAGACGUCAGGUUAAAAGGACACAUUUCAUUAUUACCUUACAAAGGUAAACAAAACAAAACAAAAAGAUAUAAGGGGACAAUGCCAGGGUAGAAAAAUAUUUAAAAAAACCUUAGAUUAUUAAAAUUCAAGUUCUAAUGUUUUAAUCACUUGAUGCUAUAUUUACUUUUGUAUUUUAGCUUGAUGAAUGAAAAUAGUCAGUUUCAAUUUGUGUACAGUUAGUUUCUUUCAAGUCCUUAUGCACUAGCACUCUGUUACAAUGUGUAGGUUGUAAAACUGCUUGGGAAAGUGUGUGUGUAAGUAAGAUACCAUUGAGAUUUAAAGGGGAAAAAAUCAUGGCAAGAUUUGUCAGUAUUAGGUUUUGGGGAAAAAAAUGAAACUACAUUUUUGGCGACAUAUGACCUGACAGCAUCUCCUGCGGGAUUCAGAAAGAAAGCUAUAGAAGCAAGACAUAUUCUCUGUUAUGGCAACCGUAGGUCUGUUUUGUCCAUAUUGUGUGUGUAUGUGUUAUGUAAUUAAAUCAAAGGGUCUCACAACACUGUAUGAUGAUAUAGUGUUGUCUGAGAAUGCUUCCUAUGUUAGGAAAUCAGUGGUUAGUAUGCUCUGACUUUAUAUUUGAAUAUUAAAUGGAAGUGACCAGAUAACAAAUGGCUCCUGGAGGUGCAAACUGCUCAAGCUCUGUAAUACGUUAGGCCCCAAUCCUACAAACACAAACAUAUGCUUAAAUUUACUACCUGAGUAGUCGCAUUGAUUUCAAGUAAGUGUGUGUUUGCAGGAAAGAGGUCUUACAUUGUAAUACUGUGAUUCAUUCAGCAAGGGUGUAUGUGAUGUACCUAUUUUUGCAGUGAUCUUGCAUGACCUUAUGCUGUUGAAAUAAACUGCCAACUCAAAUCUUAUUAUUAAAAUAAAAAAGUUUACAUUGUUUAAA